ACAAUUCCCUACUACCAAAGCACAUUCACUACACCAAACCCGGACGUGUUUGAGUGAAGAGAACCCCGAUCGUGUUUGCCCGGCAGUCUGUCACGGGGCGAAGAGCGGGAACCAUCACACGCUUAACCGGUUCCCCGAAAAAAAAAAAAAUUGUUUUUUCUUCAACAAUAUAUUUUGUUUUUCCUUUUCUCUUCUUUGAUCCGAGUGUUGAAUAAUUUUUUUUUUUUUCCUCCCCUUGUGUAAUAAAUAUAUAUAUAUAUUUCGAGAUAAAAUUUUUUUAUUAUUGACGCAAACAUUGUUGUCAGAGGGAAUAAGUUUGCUUCCCUUGGGGAGCUGGACCUCUGGCAAAGAGAGGCCUAUCACGAGAUGUUGACUGAUAUGACACCAGCGGCGGCUGGUCAACUCUAUCCUCAACUACAAUCAAUCAGCAAGACACCAGUUCAUGGUCAUGUGGAUCAUCCGGGUCUUAGAGGCACACCAUUGGCGAUGCUGGCGGCGCAAUGUAACAAAUUGAGCAGCAAGAGUCCCCCGCCGUUGGCGGACGCAGCAGUGGGAAAGGGGUUUCACCCUUGGAAAAAGAGUCCACAGAGCAGCGGGAGUUCACCGCAGCACACGGGCGGAAGUGGCACCGGAUGUACGACGACUGGCGUCACGCAGAGACCAACAGCAACCAGCAGCGCUGGUAGUACCGGUGGCUAUGCCCGAGCACCGGUCACGUCCUGCGCCUCAACGGCUCCACAAUACGGUAGCGAUCUCUACUUUCCCGGCACGGCAAGUGCUCAACCUGCCAGCGAUCCACAUCAUCAUCAAAGCAGUAUCCUCGGCAAGGUCGAAGGUGCAACCUUGGGCUCCGUAUACGGACGACAUCCCUACGAAUCCUGGCCCUUUAAUACAAUGCCAGGUGCCACGCACGGUGGAAUUAAAGCCGGCGAUGGCUGGUGGGAUGUGCAUGGAGCAGCCACAGGCGGUUGGCUCGACGUCAGCGGAACCGUAGGCGUUGGCGUUCAUGCCGCUCAAAUGGCAAACUAUUCAGCCGACUACUCGAGCCUUGCACUUGCUGGCAAUCAUCUUCUCACUUCGGCAACAACCGCCGGACACAAUCUCCUUCAAGACACCUACAAAUCAAUGCUACCGGGCGGACCCCCUGGAUUUGGACUUCAUCAUCAUGCAGCUGCAACUGGAGGCGGUGCCGGCAGUCCCCAAGGUGGCGCAACUGGUGCUGCCAACGUCAGUCAAGCUCCAUCGCCCCGCUCCCAGAGGCGAUACACAGGACGAGCAACCUGCGACUGCCCCAACUGCCAAGAAGCCGAGCGACUUGGACCAGCUGGCGUUCAUCUCCGGAAGAAGAACAUCCACAGUUGUCAUAUACCAGGCUGCGGCAAGGUCUACGGCAAGACAUCACAUCUAAAGGCCCACUUACGGUGGCACACUGCGACACCUGCGAACCCACACCGGCGAAAAGAGAUUCGCCUGUCCGGUCUGCAACAAGCGGUUCAUGCGCAGCGAUCAUCUCGCGAAGCACGUCAAGACGCACAGCAGCAGCAGCAGCAGCGGCGGCAGCAAGGGCAAGGGGGGAGCGGGGAGCUCGUCGGCCGAGUCCUGCUCCGACAGCGAGGACAACGGGAGUCAGCAGAGUCCCAAUUCCAGCUCGGUACCACCACCACCACAGCAACCUCCUCAGGGCCUAGUGGUGGUGGCGGGAGCGGUCCAGGACACCAACUCCCAGAACAACACCACCAGUCUCUCCCAUCAACCGACAACGCCCAUGACCCCAAUGCAGAUGACCCCACCGCCUCUAACCCCACACCAUCCCCACCACCCUCAUCUCCCGCCUCUAAUGCACCAUCCUCAUCAUCACGCAACAUCCGUACAUCAUCAUCCACACGCGGGGAUGAGCAUGCACUGAGCCCGGUGGGGCCCGGAGCCGGUGGCUGCAAUAACGGUUCAACGGCACUGGGCUCCCCCCUAUCCUACCCCCUAAAUCUCAAUUUAAUUCAUCAUCAAAAUCAAUCCCUCCUUCAUAAUCAACAAUCAUCACAUCUUCAUCAUCAUCAUCAUCAUCAACAUCAUUUACAUUCCCAUCACCAACAGCAAUCGCGUCAAAACAAUUCCUACACGGUUUCGCAAAAUCCCGGCAAUCCUGGCACACCAGGGACCGCGCAGACUCCCUCACCAUCGUCCCCGCCGCCUGUACAUAGUCUCUAGGCCGACACCUCCCCGUGCAACCCCCCACAGCACUUUCAUGUACCAAUCACCGAUCGUUAACGUGUAAAUACUUAUACAUAGUGAGAGUAGCGCGAGAGAUAAUGAUAUUAUAUUGAAGCGAUAUAAUAUUGUACAAAAAAAAAAAAAUGAAGAAGAAGAAAAUGAAAACAGAAAAAGUUAUUACCGCAUUCUUGUGCGCACUAAGACACUGACUCUUAUCUUCAACACCCAAAUCUAAAAAGUCUCUCGGCUCUUUACUUCAAAUAUAAAUAUUUAUAGUUGGUUCUGUUAAAAUUCAGUUGUAAUUUUUAGAGUUUUAUUUUAUUGAUAAAUUUGUAUUAUCGUGAUUUUAUUUUAUAAUUUUAUGGUUAUACGAAAUAUUUCCCAAUUUUCAAUAUUUUGGAUACACUGUUGCAUAUAAUCCAAAGGGUAAGAAUUUGUGUCAAUAUAAUGCUUGAAACUUUUUUUGCUGAUCGUGAUAUAAAUUUUUAAAUUAUUUUCUCGUUGAUGAAAAAUUUAUUAAUAUUAAUUACUAUUAUUAAUAUUAUUAUUAAUAAUUAUUGAUACAGUUUCUUGCUUCUUGGUGAGAAUUUUCAUUUGCAUAAUUGAUGUAGCUUCUUUUCAAUCACUGGUUCAAAUUUUAAAGCAUCAGUAGUAUUAUAAAUAAUUGCAUUACCAAAAUUAGAACCAUUGGUUGAAACUUUUGAUCAUUAGUGCCAUUUUUUUUUUAUCAAAUUUUGAAUCAUUAUUAUACCUUUCUAAUGAUACAUUUUUUUGUAUCAGUUUCUAGAGCAUAUCUUUCUAAAUAAAAAUUUGGGAAAUAGUUGGUACCACCAUUUCAUUUAAUAUUUGACAUGAAAAUUACAACUUGGAAAAAAAAUUGAUUAAGCGGAUCCAACUAUUUUUGCCAUAUAAAAGAAAUAUAUAAAAGAAGUUAAAGAUCAAUUUAUUAUUUUCGUAUAGGAAAAAAAAGUAUAUAUAUAUAUUUAUCGAAACGAAUUCCUUGAAAGGAAGAAAAAAUUAUAAUAGAAAAUCUUACUUUGUAGAUUUGGGAAUUGGAGAUCAGGUUGUACCAUACACCGACUACGUUCUCCGGGAAGUCCCCCACGCGAAUCACCGGAAAUACGAUCGUCGGUCAGGUUACAAACGUCGGCGAUUCCAAUUUCUUCAUAUUAUACAUAUAUGUACACAUAUAUAUAUAUUUAUAGUUUUAAUAAUUUUUUUCCGAAUAUAUGAUUCGAAAUAUUUUUUUUUCUUUAUAUUAGAAAAAAAAAAAGCUCGACGUUUGCAACUUGGACUCGUACGGACCCAUAUCACCCUUUCAAGUCUAGUAUCUUACUAUUAAUUAAUUAUUAUUAUUAUUAUUAUUAUUAUUAAUUAUUAUUAUUAAUUAUUAUUACUAGAGUAUUAUUAUUAUUAUUAUUAUUAUUAUUAUGAAAAUUAUAAAUUCAUUUUAAGAAGAGAUAAAAGAGGAAAAAUAAACGAUGCUUUUGUCAGUAAAACCAAAUCACGGCACUAGAUUUCAUUUAAUCAUAUAACCCUUUCCCAAAUCGUUAAAAUGAAAAAUUCAAAUAGUAAUUGAGAAAAAAAAAAAAGAAGGAAAAAUUUAAAUAAUAAUCCGGUCGUCUCGCGUUAAUCGCUCGUCGACGGAUAACAAAUAUAAGCACUUGUCAGAGGAAAUUAUUUUUUUUUUGGGGGCCUCAACGAUGUCUCCUCGCUUGACCCUUGCUCUUGUCAUACAACUGCUGUUCUCAUCGAUGAUGAUGAUGCAACAACAACAACGCAUCUUUAUGGGACUCGCAGCAGCUUACAUCGCAGAAAGGAACAUCAAUCAUAAACUAUAUAUGGAUGUGGGGGAUCACCUUUCACUAUUAAAAAACUUUUCCGAGAUCCUUUGCCAAAAACGCUCCCUAGCUGCAGCACCACGGAUGUCGGAUGCACACACACACACAACCCAGUCUCACGCUGAGAUGUCAUUGAGAAAGGUUUAGAUACACAGUCACUUCUCACUCACAUACACACAUGUAGAGUGCGAGCUCUCGAAGGAGAUCAAAUGGGAGUCGAGUGAACGUGGGUGGCAUAUUCAGAGAGUACAUCAUCAAACGAAGGCCAAAGAGGAAAAAGGACCUGACGAGCGAAACAUGCGUCGACACUUUGGGACUGGUUAUAUAGCAAAAGCCCUUGAGGACACACAUUAACAAGGGGGUGUCAGAUUUACCAAAGCCGUAUAUACCGCUUUUGAAGGAAAAAUAAAAAAUCUACUUAGAAACAUGCAUAGAUUUGCCUUUUGUAAAACUAAGGCUGUGCGAUAUUUCUAUAUAAAUAUUUUCAAUUCCAUUUUAUAUUUUUAAUUACUUUACUACCAAAAAAAAAAACAGCAAAAAAAAAAAAAAAAAAAAAUGAAAAGAAAUAAAACAUUAUUCAAUUAUUAGCCAAGUAUUAUUAAAUAUAACAAGACUCAUAUCCAUAAAAAAAAAAUAUGGAUAUUAAAAAUAAAGCAAAAAAAAAUAUAUAUAAAAAAAUGUGAAUAGUAUUGAUAAUAGUUGCUAAGAAACAAAAAAAUAAAAAUGUUACUGUUUGAUAUAUAUUUCCUUAAGGUUUCAGAGAGCAAUUAUCAUUCUUGUAAAGAAUUCCCUGCUCUUCUCUGGGUUGUUACUAUAUGUAAAAAUAAAAAAAAAAAAAAAAAAAAAAUCGCAGGAGAUUUUAUUUUUCGUGAAACGAAUUUUUUUCUUUCCUGUUUGAAUUUUAUAUGCAACGAAUUUUUUGUGUUAUUGUCUUGUUCUGUUUUUUUUCUUCUUUUUGACAAAAAAAAAAAAAAAAAUUUUGCAUUGUUGUAAAUAAGGCACACGAAAUAUUUAUAAUACAUUUUAAAUUUUACGAUUGCGUUUGCCAAAAAUAAAAAACAAAUUCGAUUUUUGUCACGUAUAUGAAAGAAUUUUGUCGUUGUCAAAUUUAACACUCAUAUAUUUAUUGUGUAUGUCAUUUCUAUUGUGAAAAAAAAGCCUUCCGACACUGUAAGUCAUGGUUUAAUAAAACAAGAUUCAACAUAAA